UUAAUUAUAACUUUUUUUUCGUUAAGCUAUUAAAAUUCCCUUUAACCAUAAUGCAUUUAUUUAGUUAGAGCAAAUAUGUUCGGGUAAUAAGCUGAAUAAUUUCGAGUAAAAGUUCGACUGACACAUUAGAGCUGUCAGUGCUGGAUUGCUGCUGAAGGCCAUCCGCUGUGUAUGCAUGCGCCAGACCGCGGUUCAGUCGGCGACCCGCGCUAAAGCAGCGCGGGAGUGUGACAUUACACGUGACCGGAGAUUUUGCGUCCCCACCGCGACCAUCCCCUCCCCCCCACACACACACCUGCGACACAGCAGGACAGGGUCAGAGAGGAUGCUGUGAGUAAAGGCGCGAAGACGUCAACAUGUCUGAAGGACAGGACGAUAAAAGUGACAGAUACUCUGGAUGCACAGAAUUUGCAGUGGAUGAGGUGACAGCUUGUGCUAAAGAAGAGACAAAGCUUAACAAGAAAAUACUUGGUUAUGCUUCAGAAGAAUCUUCAUCAAGAUCAGAUAUCAGUGAGGAUGAUUACGUGCCAGAUACUGAAGAGUCUGACAGUAACACUUCAGAAAAAGUAGAGAGUUUAGUAAAAAAGAUAAGUAAUAAUAAGAAAAAGGUAAAGUCAACUUCAAAUGUUCCAGCAUGUAAAAAAAGACGUGCGUCUCCUUCACAAUCCUCUGCAUCUGACAAACAGGACAGUUCACUUCAAUCUUCUUCAUCAGGAGAACAUGAAGAAUCACAUUCACCCAAUAAUCUUAAUGUGAAUGUCAUGAUGCUCAAAAAAAAAAAAGAUGGAGCCAGACUAUAUAACAAAAAGUUUUACUGCCUUUUCUGCUUCAAACCAUUCAGUAAAAUCGCACGUCACCUAGAGUCUAAACAUAAAGAUAAGCCAGAGGUGGCAAGAGCGAUUGCUUUUCCGAAAGGCUCUAAAGAGCGAAAAAUACAGCUGAGUUUGUUAAGGAAUAAGGGGAACCGAUGUCAUAACGCUCAGGUACUCAGUGAAGGAAGAGGAACGGUGAUUCCUAAACAACAAUCCACUGCACCAGUAAAUGCAAGUGAUUAUUUGCACUGCAUUAACUGUUCAGCGUAUCUGAAGAGAAAAUCGCUAUGGCGGCAUAUGCAAAGAUGCCAGCUGAGCCAGAAAAUUAACAAAAUGAAACCAGGGAAAACUCGUGUUCAGUCACUUUGCUCAUAUGCUGAACCUGUUCCAGACAGUAUAAGUGAAAGGUUUUGGAAAAUGGUGCUUGAUAUGCAUGACGAUGAGAUAACCCAUGUUGUCCGCAAAGAGAAAAUCAUACUGAAAUUAGGGCAACAUCUCUUCAAUAAGCAUGGCCAUGAUGUUACAAAGCAUGAAUACAUCAGGCAAAAAAUGCGUGAAACUGGACGUCUUGUCCUCGAAGGGAAAAAAAAUGGUAAGCUGAAGGAGGUGUCUGAUUUCUUUAUUCCAGCUAAUUUCCCUUAUGUUAUUCAAGCAGUUCACAGUGUAGCUGGCUUGAACGAAGAGACAAGCACAUUUAAAACACCAUCUUUAGCACUGAAGUUAGGGCACAACCUCAAGAAGAUGGCCAGCAUUAUUGAGUGUGAUGCCAUGAUGGCAGAUGAUAAGAAUAGUCUUAGCAACGUGCAAGCCUUCAAGCAAAUAUGUGACACUAAAUGGAGUGAGUGUGUGUCAUCCCAGGCCCUUCGUAAUUUGAGUGAAGUUAAAUGGAACUGUCCACAGCUUCUUCCGUUUGCGGAAGAUGUGAAGAAAAUGCAUCAGUAUCUUGACUGCCAAAGUAAGGCAUAUCAAGCAAGACUUGAGGAAGAACAAAGUAUGAAGCACUGGGCAGAACUUGCCAAAGUCACGCUUUGUCAGGUGAUACUAUUUAAUCGAAGAAGGGAAGGAGAGGUGUCUAAGAUGUCACUUAAUUCGUUUACAUUAAGGGACACAUCCUCAACUCAUCCGGAUGUUGAGCUUGCUCUGUCCGAUCUAGAGAAGUCACUUUGUAGUCAUUUUCAAAGAAUCGAAGUCCGAGGAAAACGUGGCAGAAAAGUCCCCAUUUUACUCACUCCUGAUAUGGUCGUCUCAAUGGAGUUGUUGGUGAAGACUCGCCGCAGCUGUGAUGUGCCAGAUGAGAACGUCUUUAUGUUCGGAAGACCCCAAGCUCUCACUUUCUUCAGAGGAUCUGACGUAAUUCGUAACAUAGCAAAAAGCUGUGGAGCAAAGCACCCCGAGGCAUUGUCCUCCACCAAACUGCGAAAGCACAUGGCCACUAUGUCCAAGGUGCUAAACUUAAAAGAGAAUGAAAUGGAUAACCUCGCAGAUUUUUUAGGGCAUGACAUCAGGGUCCACAGGCAAUAUUACAGACUUCCUGAAGGCACAUUGCAGCUAGCAAAAAUUAGCAAAGUCUUGAUGGCCAUGGAACGAGGACAGCUUUCACAGUUUAAAGGACAGAAUUUGGAUGAAAUCCAGAUUGAUCCCCAAGAGAAACUUUUGCUGGACAGUGAUGGAUCCGAGUCUGAAAAUGAGAUUGAGUCAACUGGAAAUGGUGCCUCACCUUCAAAUUCAGCAGAGAAAUCAAAGAAGUCUGCUGAGGUUGGACAACACCAAGAACCAUCCAAAGGAGGCAAGAAUCCUAAAAAACUGCAGCCGACUAGCAAGGACUUGCCGGAACCGCACAGAACAAAGAGAUCUUCACAAAACGAGCGAAGAAGGUGGUCUGUGGAGGAGAUCAAGGCCGUGGAGAAGACAAUGAUGGAAUUCAUAAUGUCUGGAAAGGUUCCUGGUAAAGCCCAGUGCAUGAACUGUAUCGAAAGUUCCCCAGCAGCACUUCAAAGUAGAAGUUGGGAGGGGGUGAAAUUUUAUGUAAAAAAUCGCAUUGAUUCCCUAAAGAAAAAAUUGUGAAAGGUAAGGACCUUCAUCUAAUUAUUUUUUUUCGUGUUUGCCGGAAGAAAGAAAAUAUAUUACUUAAAAAAAUGUGAGAGGUAGGUGAAAGGGCCUUCACCACUGUUUUUUUUUCAUGAUUGUUGAAAGCAAGUUUGAUUUCGUUAAAGCAAAAAAAUGUAAAAGGGCCUUCACCAGUUUUGUCUUUGUUAAAGGCAACAUGUAUGUGAAUCUUGUUUAAGCAAACUCAACAUGCAUCUGCUUAAAGAGCAGUAUACUAAAACUUUCACGUUAAAAUUUAAAUAAAUGUUUAAAACACUAAAACACUUCCGAGUUGUAUUGAGUUUUUACAUUCUCGUAAAUUUGGCUAUGUCUCCGUUAAUUUUUAUGCGUAUCUCAGAAUAUCUAAUAAAAGAAAUGCUUGAUAGAAUGCCAAGAUGCUCAUACAUUAUUUAAAUGCACAUUAAAACAACAUAUGUGUACAACUGAGCAGGAUAAACAUUUUAUUUUAUUAAAAAAGCUAAGACUUUUUUCUGUUUACACCCUUAGAAAUGGUCUAUUGUAAUAUAACAUAGAAUAAACAGAGAAUGCAAGAUAAAAGUAAAAUUCAAUAAAAUAUAAAUGCACACAAUUUUCCCUUAUAAAUAACUCUUUAAUAGUUGUCUAAAUGUAAUUUGUAGUCUUACAGUGACUUAUUAUAAAAAUAUGAUAAUAUACUGGUAUGUCAUAUUGACACCUGGUGGUUCCUUGUGGUAAGACAAAAUAGCGACGUCCCCACAAGAAUAGAAAAACCUGACAAAAAUUCAUUUUUUUAAACUUCAGAAUUCUUGAUAAAAAAUUAUUGUUUUUAUGAUAGAAAAAUCCCCUGGACACAUAUGAGUUGAAAUUAUGGCUUAAUUGUAUUUAGAAAUUGCUGUCCCCAUAUGUAACCUUCUAGUCACAAGUCCCCAUGGGGCACAAAAACAAGUAUGUGUGUGUGUGUGUGUGUGUGUGUGUGUGUGUGUGUGUGUGUGUGUG